CUAUGUGUUUCUGUGUGAGAGAAGCCGACUCUUGUUUACAGCAGAGAUUCCACGGAGGAGCGGAGACCCACAGCCUGCUUCAACCGAGGGCAAACCGUACGAUUUCAGUGGCCCCCCUUUCCCCUUGGAUAUACGCGUAACGGGAGUUUUUGUCUUCUCCGUUUUGUUACCUGUUUUUGCGAGGAUAAAGGCGAAACAAGAAACGCGCUUUUUUUUUUUUUUUUUUUUUUUUAAAAGAGGCAACUCCUUGGACAUAUUCUCCCUCCCACCCUAGCCGAGGUCGUCUAGCUGGAGAGCUGGAGACCCAUUCUCUUGCGUGGCACAAGUCUGGUAUUUUCUUUCAGCUGCAAAUCCCGACUGACGGCAGAGAUAAGUCCGACCCGAGGAGCUGGAAAAUUGGUUUUGGAAAAAAAAAGAACGACUUCUGUCUGCGGGGCCAGGGCUGCUUGGUGCGGGAUCGAGAGCCUGUACUGGCUGAAUGGCAUAGGCAGAAAAAAAGGUUUUUCAUUCAUUUUUCAACCUCCCAGCCACCACCCCUGUGGAUCUGGACGUGUUUUCUGCCACCCCUCUCCUCCUCCUCCUCUUCCCCUCAUACACAGCCAUUCACACGAGGGGGGGAUUCUUGCGAGCGACACUGGCGUUAAUUUAUUAUGGUGGCAGAGGCGACUAAUAAUAACAUUUAGUCAGAUAUUUUCAUUGUUAUUAUUACCGGGGCCUGAUCGCACUGUACGCGCACUGCUGUUUUCAAGAGAUGGAGACUGAAGAUGGGGAUUACCAUCAUUUAUCCAGUAAAAUCACUGGCAUGUGUGCCAUACCAGCCGGCGUCAGAGUAUCCUGUGAUCGGCAAAAAUAGCAGACUGUUUUAGUGAUUUUUUUCUUCUUCAAAGAAAUUCCCUUGUCAUCACAAUUUCUACACAUUUAUUUCGAUUUUUUUAUAGAUCAAAUCUUAGUGGACAAGCAGCCACGCAUUCGCAGGCUACCACAGAGUAGCCUCCUGGGCUACAGACACGUUUAUAUUUUCACCCAUUUUUUUCAUAUUAAGGCUCCUUUUUUAGAAGCUGCUGUGUACAUCCUUCUUUUUCUUUCACUUUUGUCCCUGCCUUUUUUUUAUUUUUUAUUUUCUUAAGAGGAGAAUAAUGCUCAGGAACAUGAGAUCUGACUCACCGAUGGGUAGCCCGACCUUGUUUUGGGGUCUGAUGCUGUCUGUCUCCACUAUCUGCAUUUGGUCCACAUAUGGAGAGAUUUGUGGUCCAAGUAUUGACAUCCGAAAUGAGAUCAGUGAGUUCAAGCGGCUGGAGAACUGCACGGUAGUAGAGGGCUACCUGCAGAUCCUCCUCAUCAACGACAAGACCAACAACGUCAACCAGGAGGUCUUCCGCUCCCUCAGCUUCCCAAAGCUGACCGUCAUCACCGACUACCUGCUGCUGUUUCGCGUCUCGGGCCUGGACAGCCUCAGCAUGCUCUUCCCCAACCUGAGUGUCAUCCGUGGGCGCAAUCUCUUCUACAACUACGCCCUUGUGAUCUACGAGAUGACCAGCCUGAAGGACAUCGGCCUGUACAACCUGAGGAACAUCACCCGUGGGGCCAUGCGGAUUGAGAAGAACCCUGAGCUCUGCUACCUGGACUCCGUGGACUGGUCUCUUAUUAUGGAUGCCAAGCUCAACAAUGUUAUCAAUGGGAAUAAGAAGGCAAAGGAGUGCGACAAUGUCUGUCCGGGAAUCAUGGAGGAUAACCCUCUUUGUCAGAGGACGUCGUUCAAUGACAACUAUGACUACCGCUGCUGGACCUCUAACCAGUGCCAGAAAGUAUGCCCUGAACACUGCAAGCUCGCCUGCACAGACAAGGGGGAGUGUUGCCACAGCCAGUGCCUGGGCAGCUGCACGGAGCCCAACAACGACAUGGCCUGCUCUGCCUGUCUCCACUAUUUCCACGAGGACCGCUGCGUGCCAGACUGUCCCCCGGGCACUUACAAGUUUGAGGGCUGGCGCUGCAUCACCAUGGACCUGUGCUCUCAAGUGCACCUGCCUGGCGACACUCACUUUGUCAUCCAUGGGGGAGAAUGUAUGCCCGACUGCCCCUCCGGCUUCACACGCAACGAGACUAAUCGCAUGUUAUGCAGUGCCUGCAAUGGCCUGUGCGAUAAGGUCUGCAGCUCCCCUGUCAUCGACUCUGUGGAUGCUGCUCAGUCCCUGAAGGACUGCACUGUCAUCGACGGCAAUCUGGACAUCAACAUUCGCCAUGGAAAUAACAUAGCGUCUGAGCUGGAGAGCUUCAUGGGAUUGAUCCAGACAGUGAUGGGCUAUGUGAAGAUUCGACACUCCCACGCACUUGGCUCGCUGUCCUUCCUCAAGAGCCUGCGUUACAUCAAUGGGCAGGAACUCAUCGACAACAUGUAUUCGUUCUCCGCCAUCAACAACCAGCACUUGCAGUAUCUGUGGGACUGGAGUCAGCACAACCUGACGAUUCGGGCUGGGCGUCUCUUCUUCCGCUUGAACCCCAAACUCUGCAUGUCUGAGAUCCGCACGAUGUGGGAUAAGACGGGAAUAACUGUGAAGCCAGAGGAGGGUGAUUUUCGUAACAACGGUGAAAGAGCCAGCUGUGAAAGCCAUACCCUGACGUUCAAGUCUAACAUCACAUCAAGCCAUACGAUCAAGCUGACAUGGGAGCGCUACCAGCCGCCAGACUUAGGAGACCUUAUCAGCUUCAUAGUCUACUACAAGGAGUCCCCUUUCCAGAACAUCACAGAGUUCGAUGGCCAGGACGGCUGUGGCUCUAACAGCUGGCACAUGGUGGAUGUGGAUCUUCCUCAGGAUAAAAAUGCUGACCCGAAAGUCAGUGUUCAACACCUCAAGCCCUGGACCCAGUAUGCUAUUUUUGUGAAGGCCAUUACCCUGCAGGUGACGGACAAACACAUUACUGGGGCAAAGAGUGAUAUAAUCUACAUUCGCACACGUCCAUCGAUUCCAUCUGUGCCUAAAGAUGCCCGUGCAUAUGCCAACUCCUCAACUAAGCUGGUGGUGAAGUGGUCGCCUCCGGUCUUUCCCAAUGGCAAUUUGACCUACUACCUGGUCCGGUGGCAGCAGCAGCCUGAGGACAGAGAGCUCUACCAACAUAACUACUGCUCCAAAGAGCUGAAAAUCCCAAUCCGGAUCCCAGCAACAGGACUGAAAGACAUGGAGGACAGCACCAAGCCCACCAAGUCCGACCUGGCUGGGGCAGAGAAAGGCCCGUGCUGUGCUUGCCAGAAGACACCCGAAGAGAAGGAUCGGGAGAAGGGCGAUCGCCUCUUUUUUAAAAUUUUCGAGAACUUCCUUCACAACGCCAUCUUUCUGCCAAGACCUCCAGACCGUCGACGCAGAGAUGUUUUUGGUGUGGCUAACAACACGCUGUUUCCUGACGGUGCUGGCAGGGGGAACACCACCCUUGGCCCAGGGGAUAACAGUACAGAUGGCAUUCCUCCUAUAAAAGAGUACCCCUUCUCAGAAGACAAGAGCACAACAGAAUAUUUAGACAUCCCCAACCUGCGGCCCUUCACAGUCUACCGUAUCGACAUCCAUGCCUGCAAUGAAGAGGUGGGGCGCUGCAGCGCUGGAGCGUUUGUCUUCUCCAGGACCAAACCUGCAGUCAAGGCAGAUGACAUCCCUGGAAAGGUGAUCUAUGAGAGGAGUGACAAGGUUGAGGGUUGUGUGGUGCUUCACUGGCCAGAGCCUGUCAUGCCCAACGGACUCAUCCUGAUGUAUGAGAUCAAGUUCCGUCUGGGGACUGAGCCCGAGAAACACGAGUGUGUGUCGCGCCAGCAUUACCGUGAGCACAGAGGAGCUCGGCUAACCAACCUUGGUUCCGGAAACUACUCGGCCCGUGUGCGCGCCACCUCCCUAGCGGGGAACGGCUCCUGGACGGAGAGUGUGUCCUUCUACGUGCCUCCACCCAAACGGGACGACGGUGUUGCGUUCUAUUUGGUCAUCAUAAUUCCCAUCAUAGUGACGCUUUUCAUCGCCAGCCUCACCACAAUUCUCUUCUUUGUGAACAAAAAGAGGAAUAGUGACAGGCUGGGAAAUGGGGUCCUUUAUGCGUCUGUCAACCCAGAAUACUUCAGUGCUGCUGAAAUGUACGUCCCAGAUGAGUGGGAGGUGGCCAGGGAGAAGAUCACUAUGCACAGGGAGCUGGGUCAGGGCUCCUUCGGCAUGGUGUACGAAGGCAUCGCCAAGGGGGUGGUCAAGGACGAACCCGAGACGCGAGUGGCCAUCAAGACGGUCAACGAGUCGGCCAGCAUGAGGGAGCGCAUUGAGUUUUUGAACGAGGCCUCUGUCAUGAAGGAGUUCAACUGCCACCACGUGGUGCGGCUGCUGGGUGUGGUCUCGCAGGGACAGCCAACCUUGGUGAUUAUGGAGCUGAUGACCCGUGGAGAUCUCAAGAGCCACCUGCGCUCUCUGCGCAAAGAAAAUGCCACCAGCCAGGUCCUACCCCCGCUCAAGAAGAUGAUCCAGAUGGCAGGGGAAAUCGCUGACGGCAUGGCUUACCUAAAUGCCAACAAAUUUGUCCACAGAGAUCUGGCUGCCAGGAACUGCAUGGUAGCAGAGGACUUCACUGUGAAGAUUGGAGAUUUUGGCAUGACCAGAGAUAUUUAUGAGACGGAUUACUACCGAAAAGGAGGGAAGGGUUUGCUUCCUGUGCGCUGGAUGUCUCCAGAGUCGCUGAAAGAUGGCGUGUUCACUACAAUGUCUGAUGUCUGGUCAUUUGGUGUCGUUCUGUGGGAGAUCGCCACCUUAGCAGAACAGCCUUACCAGGGCAUGUCCAAUGAACAAGUGCUGCGCUUCGUCAUGGAGGGAGGACUCUUGGACAAACCUGACAACUGUCCUGACAUGCUGUUUGAGCUGAUGAGGAUGUGCUGGCAAUACAACCCAAAGAUGCGUCCGUCCUUCCUGGAGAUCAUCAGCAGCAUCAAAGAUGAACUGGAUCCUCCCUUCAGGGAAAUGAGCUUCUAUUACAGUGAGGAGAACAAGCCGCCGGACACCGAGGAGUUAGACAUAGAGGUAGAAAACAUGGAGAACAUUCCACUGGACCCUGCAUCCACCAGGCAGCCCUCAGCUGCUGCUGCCGCUGCCCCCUUGUCGGGGUGCACGGGAGGCACGCCUCCUCCUACCCAGCAGUUAUCCCCCAUGCAAGGCCCGAGUACUCCAUUACUGGGAGCCGUGUCUCCCUCCUCCCCGGGCCCUGUUGCCUCUGCCUUGGCAUCUCCCAGCCAAGCCUUGGAAAAGCACUCAGGACAUAUUUCGGCCAACGGGCCUGUUGUGGUGCUGCGGCCCAACUUUGACGAGAUGCAACCUUAUGCACACAUGAAUGGGGGCAGAAAGAACGAACGGGCGUUACCACUGCCCCAGUCGUCGGCCUGCUGAUAUCAGACCAGCCCCUCCUCCUCUUCCUCCUCUUACACAGGGUAACACAAACCUCUCCUCCAUCUCUUAAGGAGAGAUGGAUGAGGUAAGGAAUGACUUUCUUCUACUGUGUGCCAGUAGAUGGUCUCUCCACUCCUUUAAGGUCAAACAUAAAACUCUAAAAACUGAAAAAUAAGACAGAAACCUGCUAAAGCAUUUGGAGUUUGGUGGCUCAGACUCGACACUGGGGAACUCCUUCCUGUGCAGCCUGUAUUUCAGUCAUUGUUACAUAAGUCCUUCAAGAAGGAGAACAACACAGGCAUGUAUCCUGACUUUUUCAGAUUUAGACAUGAACAUAAAGAAAAUCUUUUUUUUUUUCUUUUUUUUUUUUUUUUUUAGCAUAUCUGCCAGCAAAUCCAACAGAAGAGCACUUUUUUCCCUGAUGAUUUCAGAGAGGAUGUUGUGGAUAUCUGAGUGUGUAUUUAUACGAACACAUGAUUCUCUCUAUAAUAUGGUAUAACUCCAUUUCUAAAAUGACUUUCCAUCAAAAUGACUUUGUUUCCUUGAGCACACUGGCUCAUGUCAUGUGAGAAUGCUUCAAUUAGAAAGUUUGGACUGAGA